AUGACUGCAGCUCGUCCCUCAUACCUCAUCGUGGGCGCCGGUGUCUUUGGUGUGUCUACAGCAUACCACCUCAUUCAGAAGUAUCCCGAUGCAUCAAUCACCCUGGUAGAUCGAGAUGCAUACGAUGCAGAAUCUCGAGUGGCCGCGUCAUGGGACUGGAACAAAGUGGUGCGAGCAGACUACGACGACAAGGUUUACUGCCGGCUGGCCCUGGAGUCCCAGGAGAUCUUCAAAUCCGAUCCGCUCUGGCAGCCGCACUUUCACCAAACCGGAGUGUACUGGACAUGUCGCAGCGACUAUGCCCAGAAUGUCAUCACCAACCACAAGGAGCUUGGCCGCCACGAUGAUAUCAUUGCACUCCCGGUCGCGGAGGCACGAAAAUUGUAUGGUGGAGUCUUCGACAACGCUGACUACACCGGCGUCAAGGAGGUGUUGGUGAACAAGGCCAGUGGUUGGGCCGCAGCCGGAGAUUCGCUGCGGGCGGUGACCAAGCGAUGCCUAGAGCUGGGGGUUCGGUACGUGACGGCAUCUGUGACCACUCUGGAAUUCGAUGGGCGAGGCGCGUGUACCGGCGUGGCCACCAAAGCCGGGCAGAUCCUCUCCGCCACACAUGUGAUUGUCGCCGCCGGCGCGUUCACGCCGACACUCCUGGAAUGGAGUGCGGCCAAGAGUGGAAACGCGGGGCUCCGCGCGGGGGAGCGAAUCCUUGCCGCAGGCAUUACGACGGGCAUGGCCCAAUUGGAUGAGCAGCAGUACGCAAAGUACAAAGACAUGCCGGUUGGCUUCCAGGGGUAUACGCCAGCGGAGGGCAAGCCCUUCAUUGGUAGUAUUCCACCCACCAAGGACCGAGAGCUCAAAUGGUGGGGAUCCAAGAUCUUUACCAACACUCGAGAGGUGCUCCCGGGACGCCACCUCUCAUCGCCGCCGCCUACGCAUGAUUAUAACCAGUGGAAGGUUCCAGGGCCUCUCAAGCAAGACAUCAUUGAAUCCCGGAAUCUGUGGUACGGUCCCGAGAGCGCGACAUGGAAUAUGACCAAACAUCGGAUCUGCUGGGACGCUUUCACCACGACUUCCGACUUCAUCAUUUCUCCCCACUCGGCUUCCCGAGGACUUUAUGUAGCCUCGUGCGGCUCAUUCCAUGGCUAUAAGUUCUUCCCUGUCCUGGGCAAAUACAUCACUCAAAUGCUGGAAGGCGAAUUGGAGCCAGAACUCGUCGAGAAGUGGGCUUGGGACCGGCAACGACCGGACUCCUCUGAGAACGUGGAGUACCCCAACUCCGAGAUGAGACACCUCUUGGAACCGGCAGUGAAGUUAUAG